GGAGGGGGGGAGAGGACUGGGGGGGAGAAAGAAAGAGUGGAGAGGGUCAGACAGACCCAGGUGCUCUGAGGCGCUCAGCAUGGACUCCCCGGGUUAUCUGAACCUCUCGGCUGUGGCCUCGCUGGUGGGGGUGGUGAGGCUGCUGGAGAUCGCCUUGGGCUGCGUCACCUUCAGCCUGGUCUGUCACGACGGCGGCUACGGCCAGGAUUACGGUAACUUCUGCGUCUUCGUCUGGUGCUUCUGCUUCGCCAUGAGCACCCUGAUCGUCUCCUUCGAGUUCACACGGCUCCACAGCUGCCUGCGCCUGUCCUGGGACAACCUGACCAUCUCCUUCGCCAUGUUGGCCUCCCUCAUGUACCUGACCGCCAGCACCGUCUACCCCAUCUACUUCGUGCGCUGGGACUGCGCCCGGGGGCUGGGCGGCAACGAUUGCGAAUCGCGCAACUUCAGGCUGUCGGCCAGCGUGUGCUCGGCUCUGGCCUGCGUCGCCUACAUGGUGGAGGUCCACUUGACCCGGGCCAAGCCCGGCCACGUCCGCGGCUACAUGGCCACUCCGCCCGGGCUGCUCAAGGUGGUCCAGGUCUACGUAGCGUGCAUCAUCUUCGGGGCGUUGGUCAACGGGAGCCAGUACGAACGGUACAUCGCGACCCGCUGGUGUGUGGCCGUCUACUCCCUCUGCUUCAUCCUCACGGCGGCCGUCAUCCUCCUCAACAUCUCCGGCAGGAAGGCCGCCUUCAGGUGCCCCACUGACCGCUUCGUGGUCCUGUUCACCUUCUUCGCUCUCCUCCUGUACCUGAGCGCCGCCAUCAUCUGGCCCAUCUUCUGCUUCGACAGCAAGUACGGCUCCCCCCGCCGGCCCUCGCACUGCCCCUCCGGCCGCUGCCCCUGGGACAGCCAGCUGGUCAUCACCAUCUUCACCUACAUCAACCUCCUUCUGUACCUGGUCGACCUGGUCUACUCGCAGAAAAUACGCUUUGUCGGGUAGAGGGGAGGGAAUGGCGCCUCUCCUCCCCAACUGCUUCCCCUUCUU